GAUGAUGUCGAAUCUGUGACGCUCGGACCCGGUCCGGAGGUAUCGUCGCUAGCCCCGCAAGCUUGACCUCACCUUUAACCUUUGCUCGAGUCGACUUCAACAAUACCUCCUCCACAACCCGGACAUAUGCUUGUCUCGAGACACUUCUACUCCACCCGAGGCGAAUAGAUUCAGCUCCCAGUCUCUAUCCAGAACGAACCUUCCCAUCCCAUCUUGCCCACCAUGGCAGAGCUCACCACCACGAAGCUCAAUGCGGAAUCGCAUCUCCUCCUGGUAAACCAGCCACCACCCACCACUCCCCCCAAACAUCCACAAAUCUAACAAUAACCCCCCCUUCUCAGGACCAACCCCUCCUCCGCAUGCCCUACAACCUCUCCCGGCAAAACUUCAAGUCCGCGCAGCGAGUCCUCGAACACAACACGACCUCCAUCACGGCCUCGCUCGCCACGACCAUGAAAGCCACCUCCAAGCCAGACGCCAAGACGCUCUCCGACAUGGACGCCAUGAUCACGAAGAUGCAGACGCUCAAGCGCAAACUCGAGAACCUGCACGAGGAGGAGAAACGGCUGAACCGCGCGAGCAAAGCACGGGUCCAACACCUGCAGGACCUGUACGAAGUGCAGAGCCUGGUGGACGUCAAGUACGACGAGUGGAGCCGGACGAGGCUGUCAAGGCUGCUGGGGGACUACCUGCUGAGGUCGGGGUACACGGAUAGUGCGGCGCAGUUAGCGGCGGAGAAGGGGAUUGGGGAGUUGGUGGAUGUGGAUGCGUUUGUGGCGUGUAAGCGGAUUGAGAAGAGUUUGACUGAGGGGAGGAGUACGGCGCCCGCGUUGGCGUGGUGUAAGGAGAAUGGGCAGUUGUUGAAGAAGAUGGGAGGCGGGUUGGAGUUUGAGUUGAGGUUGCAGCAGUAUAUUGAGCUGGUUAGGCAGGGUCAUGAGGCGCUGAGGGGGGAUAUCGAUAUGAGUAUGGGUGGGUUCGAAGGUGGGGUGCAGGUUGAUGUGGACGAUGCUGCGGGAGGUGUUUCGACGGGUAGAAGUGUUGGGGAGCAGAAGUUGGUGGAGGCAAGGACACAUGCGAAAAAGUUCCUGAGCAGUACGGGCGACUUCGAGAUUCUUGGGAAAGCGGCGGGUCUGCUUGCAUAUCGGCCAUGGGACAAUGUGGAACCAUACGCGUCUCUCUAUGCACCCUCACGCUGGUCCUACCUAGCCACCCUCUUCGUCAACACCCACCACAACCUCUUCUCCCUCCCCCCUCGGCCUCUCCUGCACAUCGCCCUUAGCGCUGGCCUGUCCGCACUGAAGACGCCGUCCUGCCACUCCGCCUACACAUCCUCCUCGUCCAACGCCAAUUCCUCCACCUCGGUAGUCUGCCCGAUCUGCUCCACCGAACUCAACGAGCUCGCACGCAACGUCCCCUACGCCCACCACACGAAGAGCAUCGUGGAGCACGACCCUGUGGUGCUCCCCAACGGCAGGGUGUACGGCCGGCAGACGCUGCAGUCGUUCAACGACAAGGUCGGUACUGAGCCCGGGUGGGUCAAGGAUCCGGCCGGGGGCGUCACCGACGAGGAGAUCUGGCGAGAGAGCGAGGUCAGGAAGGUGUUUAUCAUGUAGAUUGCCUCCGGGCUUCGUGUGUUGUAACAUCCUCGUGUACAUUUUCCGGUCCCCUUUUCUCGGUUUAGAUCAUUGGCCUUCUUUUAGUAAUACCAGCGAGGC